AGCAACAACUUUCCGCAGAACCAACAGCAUUAAAAAAUGGUUAAAUCGCGUACAAAAAAUGAUCCUAGCUAUGAAGGGAGGCUUUCUCUUGCUAUUGAUGCGCUAAAUAACGAAAAAAUCACGAAAUUACGCGACGCCGCACGCACUUUUGACGUAUCUUUAACAACACUGCGAAGGCGCCUGAAGGGCUCAGUUCCAGCGCAUAAUGCCAGUAUUACACGCAGAAAGAUGACCCCUACAGAAGAAGCUGUACUCCGGGGUUGGGUCUUCUCACUAGAGCGCCGUGGCGUUCCGCCUAGGCAGCAUAUGCUCCAUGAAAUGGCAAAUAUUUUGCUAGCUCAAAGAGAUCCUACCAAAAUACCUGAGAAGCGACAACCGGAUCUCAAGGCUAAAUUCGCACGCCGAUUAUCCUAUUCUAGAGCUCUUUGUGAAGAUCCAGUCGUUAUUGGUGGCUUUUUUGAGGAGAUUAAGCAGCUCAAAGAGGAAUAUGGGAUUGCCGAUGAAGAUAUAUACAACUUUGACGAGACAGGGUUCGCCAUGGGGAUCUCUUCUACAGCAAAAGUUAUAUGCAGCUCAGAUCGUUCAGGAAAACCUAGCCUCAUUCAGCCAGGAAAUCGUGAAUGGGUUACUAUUGUUGAGUGCGUUGGAAGCACCGGCACUGUGGUGCCUCCCCUGAUUAUAUUCAAAUCCGGCACCAACAGAGCUGAGUGUUAUACAAGCCCAAAGCUUCCCCCUGAUUGGUCAAUUACGCACUCUCCAAAUGGCUGGACAUCUGAUGAAAUCGGCUUACAGUGGCUAGAAAGGAUAUUUGAGCCAAAAACGAGGCCUCUCACAGUUGGUACCUAUCGGCUUUUGAUACUUGAUGGCCAUAGCAGCCAUUUAACACCGGGAUUUGAUCAGGCAUGUAAAAAUAAUAAUAUUAUUGCAUGUUGCAUGCCUCCUCAUUCAUCUCAUCUUCUUCAGCCUCUAGAUGUAGGGGUGUUUUCAGUGUUGAAGCGCUUGUACGGGGCCGCCGUUGAGAGCCGGAUUCGGAUUGGGAUUUACCAUGUUGAUAAGCUGGAUUUCUUAGAUAUGCUUUACAGCGUACGGAUCCAAACUUAUACCACACAAAAUAUUAAGAGCGGCUUUUCACACACUGGGAUUGUGCCAUAUAAUCCACAAAAAGUCCUAUCUCAGUUGCAAAUUGCUGUCCGGGAGGCUACUCCAGCCUCAAUUCGCCCUAGCACGUCAAGCAGCAGCACCUGGAGCCCAAAAACGCCUUACAAUGCCCGUACGCUAGAAAAACAGGCCAAAUCUGUCAAGAGAUCUCUCAAUAUGGGAGAUUUAGACAGCAAUUCGCCAUCGUGUCCGGCUUUUAACCAGUUGAUCAAGGGAUCCCUUGUAGUGAUGCACCAAGCUGCCAUUUUAGCUAGGGAGAACCAUAACCUACGCGAAGCAAAUGAUAUUUUACAGAAGCGCCGCACUCGCCGUACAAAAGCCCUACAAGCCGAUGGUAUUUUGACAGUCGCUGAAGGCCGAGAGCUUGCUCAGGAGCUUCCUGAAGAGGCUCAACCCCCUCCUCCACCCAACGGGAGCGCGCCUUUGCAGCCAGCUCAACGGGCCCUACCAAGGUGUAGUAAUUGCUGGGAAAUAGGGCAUAAACGCAAUCGCUGUCCAAAUAUAUCUACAUAG